CAAUUUGGCUCCAGGUUCGCGCGCAAGCUCGUGCCAUUCUGACUCGGCGGCCGCGCUCGGAUGCCCUCUGGCGCUGCUGCGAGGAGGAGCGUGCCCGCUUGGGCGCGGUCCUGGCCGACCUCGAGGAGUUGGCAUCCCGAGGCGUGGACGAGGCGGUGAGCGUGUGCUCACUGGCCACGCCCGAGCGCGGUGGAAUUCCACUUGAGGACGAGACCUGGACGACCCGUCUUGGCGCCCAGUAGACGAAAGCAAGAUCCACAAUGUCGUUGCGAGUUGCAGUGAAUCUUGCCCGCCAGCGCGAGGCCGAGCAUGCUCCGCGAUCGGCGUUGGCGCCGGUCGGCGGGCGGGCGCAGCAGCUAUGUCCAUCAGUUUCUGGCGCGGGCGGAUCUCUAGCAGAUGGCGGUUGUAGUUCUGAUGCAGAGCCGGGCGGCGUGGAUGUCGCGCACGCGGGUCGCCGUUACUUGCUCCGGCGGUUGUCUGAGACCGAUGUCGCGCCGCCAGACAGCGGUGGCGGCGCGGGCCUCUUGGCUCCGGACACGGCCACGAGCAGCAUCCAGUGGUGGAGCAAGCCCAUCCUCGAUUCGCUCGCCGACAACAUCGAUUCCUCUCGGGCGACUCGCCGCUUCAACGUGCACAGUGUAUGCUCUGGCGUGGGCGCAGAGCUGUUCGCCAUCAAGGCCCUGGGCAUACAGACUGCGAGAGUGCCCGUGUGCGACAUCAAGAAGCACGCCAGGGAUUUCAUGAGCCAGAACCACGGCGACUUGAUCUCGUCCUGCUCCGAGUCGAUGGCUGCCUACGUGGGAGCGGUCGCCGGUCGGCCGCCGCCGGAUUGUUUGGUCGGCGGCCCGCCGUGCCAGCCGUACACCGAAGCCCGCUCCGGGCGCUUCAGCGACGACCAGGGCCCGGCGACGCAUCAUCUCUACGAUGCCAUUUUCGGCAUGGACGGCGAGACGCCGGGCGGCAGCUACUUCGAAUGCUUGAACAGGACCCGCCCGCUGGGGGCCAUCAUGGAGCAGGUCAGGGGAUUCACUCGGAAGGCCCGCGCGGCGGACCAGAGCGAGUUCGAGCGGUUUCGCAGCAUGCUGGAGCGGGAGAUUCGCGUCCCGGACGGCGAGUCGAGCAAGCCCCACUUCACAGCAGUCAAGGCCUUCAUCGUGAACGCGAACACGUGGCUCGAAAUGGACCGCCCGCGCGUGAUGGUGAUCGUGCUCUCGGACGCCCUCGGCGGGUGGGACGGCAUGGGCGAGAUCGAGUCGAUGAUGUCGGAGGUGCUGUCAUGCAGGAGCAAGUUCCCGCCCCACUCGGUGAGCGAGCUCUUCCGGCACUGGAGCAGGCCCCAGGCGGAUGGCCACGUAAUCCAGGAGGCGCUCGCAGCAGAGGAGGCCAAGAGCGAGAGGCUGGGCAUGUGGAAGCAGUGGCAGAUUGAUUCACUUAGGACUCGCGCUAAAUUCGAGUUGCCGCCGCAUAUGACGGGGGCUUUGCUAAGCGCUGGCAUCUCGACGGUUGGUGUCCCCCGCCCAGGCGCGCGAAUCCGCGACGUCUUGGAGGUGGCGUGGUGCAGCAGGCCCCCAUCGGAGAGAACCGUGGAUAAUUUUUUCUGCGAUUGCAAUCAGUCCGUGUACAGGGAGCCAUGGGGCGCCCUGAAGACAUUGAUAACUUCGAGCUUCUUGUUUGACUUUGCCCGGGGGUCGAUUCUGAGCGGCAGGGAUCACUUCUUACUACAGGCAUUGCCGUCGACCAUGCAGCUAGGCACGCUUUCAGAGAGCAAGCAACGCGAGCUCGCCGGUGAGGGGAUUUUCGUACCGUGCCUCGCGACGGUCCUCUUAGCGUAUUAUCUGAAUCCGAAAGCCCCCUGGAUUCAACGGCGGGAAGAUCUCGCCACCUGGGUGCCGGCCCAUGAGGAUCCCUUGCCGAAGCGACGCAAGGUCAUUGGGGGGCCCAGUAGCUGCUAGACUCCAGAUGCCAAAAGCCGGUGGCGAACAAAUGUCCGAUGCC